UAGAGAAACAUUGUUAAAAGCAUGGAAAACGAGGAUAAUUGGAUUGAACCUUUCGAAUGCUGUGGAAACCGUCUUUCUGCGCAUGAUCAGGAGAAAAGAAUGGCAUCGAAAACUUUCCAAAAACUGCGCGACUACUUCCGGCAAUUCCAGAUCGAAUUAAAAGAGAAGUUUUCAAACUUCGGAAAAUGGGUCCAGACAUUUGCUCAUAAGGCCCUUGAAAAAGGAAAAAGCAACAUUGAGAACAUAAGGGCUAUAGCAAAAGAGGUGUUAGACAAGGCUGACCACUUGCAGAGACAAGUCACUGUCGAAGCUUUGGAAUUCUUUCGCCCGUACAGAGAGCAUCUGGGAAAGCUUUGGGAUGAGCUGCUGCGAAAGCUGAGUAGCGUUCAAACUGAAGAAUAAGGCUUUUAACUUGAAGUUUUGGAAAAAAUAAAAGUUUUUCUCUUUUAGAGCAGU